GGAUCCCUCCUCAUGGGCAACGAGAAGUUUUCCAUGCAGAACCUGAACGAGCGUCUGGCCUCCUACCUGGAGACAGUCAGGAACCUGGAGCAGGCCAACGGCAAGCUAGAGCUGAAGAUCAGAGAGGCUCUGGAGAAGAGAGGACCAGACCUCCACGACUACAGCCGCUACCAGGCCAUCCUGGACGACCUGCGCAAGAAGAUAAUGGAGAUGACGAUAACCAACGCUGGGCUGGUGAUGCAAACUGACAACCAUAACCUUGCUGCUGAUGACUUCCGGAACAAGCUGGAGUACGAGAGGCAGGUGCGCCAGGCGGUGGAGUCUGACUUGGCUGAGCUGCGGAAGGUUCUGGAUGACACCAACGUGAUGCAUCUGCACCUGGAGAGCGACAUUGAGUCCCUGAAAGCGGAGCUUAUCACCCUGCAGAAGAACCACCAGGCUGAAGUGAUGGAGCUGCGUGCCCAGGUGUCCCAGUCUGGAGUGCAGGUGAACGUGGACUCCCCUAAAGGCCAGGACCUGGCCCAGAUCAUGUCUGAGAUCAGAGCCAAGUACGAGAAGAUGGCCCUGAAGAACCAGGAGGAGCUGAAAGCAUGGCAUGAAACCAAAAUCACAGAGGUGCAGGUCCAGGUGACAGAGAACACAGCGUCUUUACAGCAGGCCGCCGCCACAGUGAGUGACAGUCGCAGGUCCAUGCAAACUCUCCAGAUAGACCUGCAGUCCCACAUCAGCCAGAGAUCGUCCCUGGAGGCUACACUGCGAGACGUGGCGAUGCGCUACAACCUGGAGAUGGACAAGUACAACAGCAUGCUGUUGCAGCGGGAGGCGGAGCUAACGCAGCUACGCACUGGCGUCUCCCUGCAGACCCAGGAAUACCAGGCCCUUCUCAACAUAAAGAUGAAGCUGGAGGCUGAGAUCGCCACCUACAGGAGGCUGCUGGACGGGGAGGACUUCCAACUGGAGGAUGCUGUAGAGCUGGAGAAGACGUCCCACGUGACGAAGAGUACGAAGGUGUUAACAGUCACCCAGACGCUGGUGGACGGCAAGGUUGUUUCUGAGACCCAGGAUGUCAAGUGAACUGUGGAAAAACAUGAGCACAGCCCAAGCAUCUCUGCAGCUGCCUGAAUGCUGUGUUAGUUAACCCACCACCAGUAAUAAUACUGUGUUCAUGUAAUGGAUGCUUCUGUAUC